GUAUAUUAUAAGUUUAUGCUCUAAUAGCUGGACUUCUUAAUGACCUCUCAGAUGUAUAUAACCCCCUCAUCCUUUUAUAUUAAACGAACCCCAUACUCUUUUUUUUUUUUUAAGGGGAACCAUAAAAGUUAUCUUAAUCAAGCAAUAAUUAUGUCUCUUAAUACACUUCUCCCACACAUUUGCAUAUUAUCUCUUUCAUUCGCCUUUCUACUUUCACAUGCUUGCUCCAAUGGAGUAUGCAAGGAAGAAAUUGAUUUAUGUGGGAAAUGUGAAGAAGGGUUUUACUGCUUCGGUUGCCUUGCAGGAUUUAUAGGACCAAAAUGUGUAAGAAGUACCGCCACAGAUCAAUUCAAACUUGUGAAUAAUUCACUACCAUUCAACAAAUACUCAUUCUUGACGACACAUAACGCUUUUGCUAUCGAAGGAGAACACUCUCAUACCAAAGUUCCUCGAGUAACUUUUUCGAAUCAAGAAAAUAACAUCACUCAGCAACUCCAAGAUGGUGUUAGAGCAUUGAUGCUUGAUACAUAUGACUUCAAUGGAGAUGUAUGGUUGUGCCAUUCCUUUGGAGGAAAAUGCAACGAUUAUACCGCCUUUGAACCGGCAAUAAAUACUUUGAGGGAGAUUGAAGCUUUCUUGUCUUCUAAACCAACAGAGAUUGUGACCUUAAUCUUGGAGGAUUAUGUCAAGGCAUACAAAGGGUUGACCAAGGUCUUCACUAAGGCAGGGCUAAUGAAGUAUUGGUUUCCAAUUUCAAAGAUGCCAAGACAAGGUCAAGAUUGGCCGUCAGUCAGUGAUAUGAUAGCCAAAAAUCAAAGGCUACUUGUAUUUACUUCUAUGAGAUCUAAGCAAAACAGCGAAGGCAUUGCUUAUCAAUGGAAUUAUAUGGUCGAAAAUCAAUAUGGAGAUGAGGGGAUGAAAGCUGGAAGUUGCACAAACAGGGGAGAAUCAUCAAGUCUUAAUGAUGAAACCAAGUCACUUGUUCUGGUAAACUAUUUCAGGUCUGUUCCUUUGAAAGAACUUUCUUGUGUAGACAAUUCCGCCAAUUUGAUGAAGAUGCUUCGCACCUGCAAUGAUGCUGCUGGACAUAGAUGGGCUAAUUUCGUUGCCGUUGAUUAUUACAAGAGAAGCGAGGGAGGGGGUGCUUUCGAAGCUGUUGACAUGCUAAAUGGAGAGCUUCUAUGCGGUCGAGAUGAUGUCCAUGCUUGUGAGGCACUGAGACUGAGGUGAACCCAUAAACAUAGUGAGGCCGAGGUACGAGAGCAAUGGCCUAGACGACGGAAGGGGUGCUUGCGUAGAUAACAAUGGUUGCUAGCUUAGUAGCCUACAUGCUGGGCACUGUGAUCCCGACGGAUCGGAGCUAAAGAUAAGAACUAGACCCCCCCUUGUAAAGUUUGGCAGGAGAAAAAUACGAGGAGUGUAGAAUUUUUAGAGUAGGAAAGAGAGAAACUUAGAGAGAAUU